AUGGCGAACACAUCCAGAGUUCAUUUUUGGACGGAUGAAGAGACGGAGUAUAUGCUUACUCAGUUGAAAGAGCUGAACAUUUUAAAAUACAUGGACGGGAGGAAGACAAGAAAUGGCGACUUAUUCAAAAAAGUAGCCGAGCACAUGGUCGGGGCAGGGUUUAAAAGGACGCCGGAGCAGGUCCGCGUUCGGUGGAAGCACCUUAAACAGGCGCAUUACAACGCCAAAAAAAGUAACUCUACCAGUGGCCACAGUCCUGUUUCGUGCCCAUUCUUAGAGAUAUUGGAGGAGCUGCUUGGACGCCGUCCAUUAUCACAAGCCGUACAGCAUGGUGUGGACGUCGGAUUAAGCACUCCUGUCUCAGAUAGUCCUACUAAGAUUGAAAAGGAAGAGGAGCAUGCCUCACCGCGGAGGCCCAUACGGCAUAAAAGGCCAAGAAAAGAAUUUGACCCCUUUAAAAGGGAGCUCAUGGCCGCCCUGCUGCAACCUCAACCACCACCUCCACCUCCCUCAGAGGACGAGCUCUUCCUCAGGAGCCUGCUUCCGUCUCUGGAAAGAAUGCCGCUUGCAUUGAGGCAGGAGGUGAAAUUAGAUAUUCAUAAAAUUAUUUUUGAGGCCAGCCAAACAUGCAUUAAACGUGAAAAUGAUUGA